CUAGGACAUAACAAAGCAUCAUCAAUAACCAUCCUCUUCAUUUUCAAUAGAGCUAUUUAUUUGCAUUUAACUAAGUUGCAAAUAAAAUACUAGAAUGGCUACAUCAACAAUGGCUCUCUCUUCUUCAACAAUGGUUGGGAAGGCAAUCAAGCUUUCCCCUUCCACUCCAGACCUUGUGAUGGGAAGAAUCACCAUGAGGAAAACAACCAACAAGAAGAACGUCCCUUCUGGAAGCCCGUGGUACGGUCCAGAUCGUGUCAAAUACUUGGGUCCAUUCUCUGGUGAAGCUCCAUCUUAUCUCACUGGUGAAUUUCCUGGUGACUAUGGUUGGGACACUGCUGGGCUUUCUGCUGACCCAGAGACAUUUGCCAAGAACCGUGAACUCGAGGUCAUCCACAGUAGAUGGGCUAUGUUAGGAGCUUUGGGAUGUGUCUUCCCCGAGCUCUUGUCUCGCAAUGGUGUGAAAUUCGGCGAGGCUGUGUGGUUCAAGGCAGGAUCUCAAAUCUUUAGUGAGGGAGGACUUGACUACUUGGGUAACCCAAGCCUAGUCCACGCACAAAGUAUCCUUGCUAUAUGGGCUGUCCAAGUUAUCUUAAUGGGAGCUGUUGAGGGUUACCGUAUUGCCGGUGGACCUCUUGGUGAGGUAGUCGACCCACUCUACCCAGGUGGAAGCUUUGACCCAUUGGGCCUCGCUGACGACCCAGAGGCUUUUGCAGAGUUAAAGGUGAAAGAACUUAAGAAUGGUAGGCUAGCUAUGUUCUCUAUGUUUGGAUUCUUCGUUCAGGCCAUUGUAACCGGAAAGGGACCUCUAGAGAACCUUGCCGACCAUAUCACUGACCCCGUCAACAACAACGCUUGGGCCUUUGCCACAAACUUUGUCCCCGGAAAGUGAGCAAAAACUUCAUAAAAACUAUGUUAAGUUACUAGCUCAUACAAGAGUGCGAAUUUCGUGUUAUUAAUUUAGUGAAAUAUUCGGUGCAUUUAGAUCUUUCUUCAA